AUGCGCCCUCUCGCUCUCCGGCCGCCAUCCUGGUUGCGGGUCUGCAUCUGGUGUGCUCUGGACGCGUGGCAGCCAGGCCUGCUGCGCGCGGGCGGCGGAGGCGGUCCGCCCGACGACUGGGACAGUCGGGCGGCCCUCGCUGCCCAGCGGGCUGCCGAGCGCGGGGCCCAGCUCGCCGCGGCGCACGCGGCCAACCUCAGCCAGUGCCACGCCGCGCUGGACGAGGUGCAGGUCGCGCUGGCCAACCUGUCCGCGGAGCUGGCCGAGCUCCGCGCCCUGCAGGCCGCGCCGGCCGAGCUGCCCGAGGAGCCCGACACGCUCCUGUGGCACGCGCUCGGGGUGGUGCUGACCGCGGCGCUGACGCACCUCUUCCUGAGCGACGGGACCGCCGCCGAGGCGGAGGAGUUCUUCAAUGAGCUGGUGCCAGGGCGGGUCGUGUGCUUCUACUAUGAGGACGACCCGAACAUAUGGCACGAACGGUUGCUGUUGUGGCCGUGCCCUGGCGCCUUCCCCAACACAUGCUGGACUUGCCUCACGCCUGACGGCGACGUGUACCCUGAAGAGAUGGCGGCAGGGCCCGAUGGCGACGGGCCGAGCCGCGUUUCCCUCACGAUGGGGGCGACUCCCGCUGCUGUUCGCCCCCCGGGGCGAGUCUACAGGUUUCGUGAAUAUCCCGCCGAGGAGGACAUGAUCGACCUCUUUCGGGACGCUCGCCUGGCCGCCCGCAACGCCGGCUUGCGCGAGUCCGAGCCGACCGCCUUCAUGCGCGACGGCGGCCGGCCCACCAAGAGCAUGACGGUCAGCUUCAACGACGUGCCAGGCUUCUUGCGCCGCACGCGGGGCAAGGGCCCGUCCGCUGCCGCGCCGCGCGGCCCGCCUCGUGGCCCGCCUGUGGCCCCGCCCCCGCUGGACGCCGCGGGCGCUGAGCCAGGGGCGCUCGCCGACGGCGAGGUCGGGGGCACUCCGACCCCGAGGGACGGCCCUGGCGCGGUAGUGCUCACUGACGAGCGGGCCGCGCCGCCUGGGUUUGCAUGGUUUGUGAUGAAGACGGUCCCGAACGAGUGCCAGCAGUUCGAUGAGGUCGUCCCGAAGGCGGGUGACGUGGUCUGGGGCGAGAGCGGGCUCUACAGCACGGCGGGCGGUUUCGUCGUGCCGAUCGAGCUCCACCCUGUCCCGCUGCCUGCCGAGGUGUUGGACAAGGUAGCUGACGACGACGCCCGCCUCCUCGGCCCUCUCCAGCGCACGCGGGAGGGCCGUCGGCACCGCGACUUUCGCGAGGCGGUGUCGUCCAUGAGGCAGGAGCAGCAUGACGACUUCCCGCUCGUCGGGGAGCGCAGUUUCAAGUGGCUGUGCGCCUACAUCGUCGACCACGGCGGCACCCCCGACGGCCGCCACACCAAGUGGAUGAUGGAGAGCGGCUGCACCAAGGAUUCGGCGGCCGCGCACCUCCACGACUUGCUCGGCUUCGCCAUCGAGAUGGCCGUCACCUACGACCAGGUUGACGGCUCCAACCUCGCCAGCAUGGAGGUGGUCUCGCGGGCCUACCAGCUGGUCGAGGAGACCAUGGGGAGCAUGAAGAUCGAGGGCGUCGAGCACUACAUCGGCCGCCAGAAGCAGAGCGCCCGCCGUGGCGUCGCGAUGGCGCCGGGGGUCGCCAAGUACGCCACCGACCAGCUCGCCAAGGAGACGGAGAUCCAGAAGCAGAGGCGCAAGGCGCGCGAGGAGAAAUCUGCCCAGUCGGGCAGGAAGGACAAGGGCUUCGACGAGGCCGUGGAGACAGAGGGGGGGGGGGCCACGUUGUACAUGGACCCUGUGCUGGAGCGGAACAGGCCGCUCUACCUUGAAUUCAUCCAGUCUGGCAUCUCGCGGGGCGUCUUCGUCUUAGGGCAAGAGAGGGCCGAGGACGUCUCCGCCUUCUUCGUGGCUAAGAAGGACGAGCGGAUCAGGAUGGCGCUGGACUGCAGGCGUAGCAACCAGCGGUUUCAGCCUCCUCCGUCGGUCAGCCUGUUCUCCGCCGCGGGGUUCGCGGACCUCGAGGUGCCGAAGGACACGCCCCUCUACUGCGCGGGGGUGGACGUCCAGAACGCGUUCUACCAACGCAAGCUGCCGGCCUACCUGCGGUCGUACUUCUGCUUGCCGAAGGUCACCGCGGGCGAGCUCGGCAUCAGCAGGCUUGACGGGCGGCGUGCCCCGCCCCGGGCCUGCCUUUGCCCACAACUUGCCGUUGUUCCCAUGGGGUGGAGCUGGGCACUCUUCUUCGUUCAGAAGGCUCGCGAGCGGACGCUGGACCAGCGCGACGCCCUGAGGCCCGAGCGGCGGGCGAUCGACUUCGUGCCGGCCCCCAGCCCGCUCGAGGAGCCCAUCCACUCGCUGUACGUCGACAACGUGCUCGUGGCUGGCACCGACCGCGAGGCCGUGACCAAGGUCAGGCGCGAGGCCUCCAAGGCGCUGGAGGUCUCCGGCCUGGCCGUCCAUGACGAGACCGACGCCGCCGAGAGCAUGGCCAUGCUCGGCGGGCAGCUGCAGGGAUCGCCUGCCCGCGCCACCUCGGCGCCGCGGCGGUUCUGGGAGCUGCGCAUGGGGCUCGGCUACUUGGCGCAGCGCCGGCCCCGCGUCACCAGCCGCGACGUCGAGCACGUCAUCGGCCACUGCACGUUCGCCGCGCUGUGCCGGCGCGAGAGCUUGAGCUGCUUCAGCGCCGUCUACUCGUUCGUCCAGCAGAAUUACCAGCGCGCCAGGCCCCUCUGGGCGUCGGCGCGGCGCGAGUUCAGGAUCUUCCGCGGCUUGCUGGUCGCGCUCGUCUCGGACCUCGACGCCGAGUGGUCCACCAAGGUCGUCAUGACUGACGCCUGCGAGACGGCCCACGCCUCUUUCGAGGGCGAGUGGGACCUUUCCGAGGUGCAGGGUGCUGGUCGCUGGCACGAGCGGUGGCGGCUCCGCCACACGCGCGAGGCGGGCGGGGGUUGGCGGCCGCGCGACCGCGCGGCACGUGCGGCCGAGGUCGCCGAGCUCGAUGCGCACCCGUCUGUUCUGUUGCGCCAGGGUCUCGCCAACAAAAGUUCCCCUGAAGUGUCUACGCACACCAUCCGCCGCACCAGCUGGUCGACCAUGCACUAUUCACCACUCUUCGGCAAGGGGCCCAUGCAUCGUAAGGAGGCAAGGGGUGACUUACGCGCCGUGAAGCUGAUCCUGUCGGACGCGGACUCCUGGGGGAAGAGGCACCUCGUCUUGGGGGACAAUCUUGCACUCACACUUGCACUAUCUAAAGGGCGUUGUCGUGAUAUACUGCUGCUCAACAUCUCGCGGCGAGGCGCCGCCUUGACUCUCGCCUCGGGGGCCCGCGUACAUCGACGAUGGGUGCCCAGCGAGUUCAAUGCGGCCGACGGUGACAGCCGCUCACGCGAGGGUGCUGCAGGGCGCGCUGCAUCUGGGGCCGGCUGGCGCGCUACCGCGGCGCGCGGGCGUCAGCUCCGGCACCGCCGCGGCUCGGCGCGGGGCCCCGAGGGCGACAGUCGGCUCGGCAGCGGCUGGCCCGCGGCCCCCGCGGGCCCGCCGGGACUCGGCCGCCUCGGCAGCCCCGCCGCCGGCAGCCGCGCGCCCGCUGCGGCCCCGCGGCCUCGCGGCGCCGCCGCCGACCAGGCGGCUGAAGCGCAGCGCGCCUGGGAGCGGCCCGACAGCGCAGGCCCCUCUGCGGCCCUCGGCGGCUCGGCUCUGACUCGGCGCCCGUCGGUGGUGCUGGCGGCCCCGCGCAGCAUCCCCCUGCGGGAGCUGCCGCGCUCUGCGCAGCGCCGCCUGGACGCUGGGGGGCAGGCGCGGGACACCACCCGCCAGCUCUCUAUCACCGAGGCUGCCGCGGUGGGACGGCGGAGCCGACUGCAGUACACGCGGCUGCUCGAGCUGUUCCUCAGUCGCAGUCGCCUGACAUCUCUGGCUGCGCCUGCUGCCGACACGGGCGCCGCCGUGGCGAGGUUCUUCGACGAGCUGUACCUCGAGGGGAAGGUCGCGUCGACGGGCGAGAAGCUGCUCGCCGCUAUAUUCAUGCACGUGCCCGACUACCAGAGCAAGGGGAAGCUGGCCCUGCCGCGCGCCUACCGCGCGCUGCGAGGUUGGCGCCUGCUGCGGCCGUCGCGGACGCGGCGCCCGCUGCCCUGGGCGGCUUGCAUGGGCGUGGCGCGCCAGAUCUGGCGGAUCAGCGGCUGCCCCGACCUCGCGGUGUUCUGGCUCCUGAUGGUGGACACGUACCUGAGGCCUGGCGAGGCGUUCCGCCUGACCUGCGGCCAGGUGAUCCCGCCGCAGGCGCACGUGCCCAAGGUGACGAUCCACAUCAACCCCGACUACAUGAAGAGACCAAGCAAGACUGGCGAGAUGGACGAGACAGUGGAUGCUCUACACGGCCCGGAGGUCCAGCGGCGCGGCAGGUGGCGCCAGCCGAGCUCGGUCAGGCGCUACGAGAAGCGCGGGCUCAUCCAGGCGGCGUGGAGCGAGAUGGGGCCCUCGGCCAAGACCUACUGCCUCCAGGCCGAGGCCGAGCUGCCCUCGCUGCUCGGCGCCGCCUCGCUAUCC